GUUCCCUCUCGUUACGUUGAACGGAAGGCUAGGGACCGCUGGUGGAGGCGUCUCGGAGAGCGAGGCAGGCUGGUCAUAGCUAAAAGCGCAGCAAACUGCGGCAUUACUGCGAGCGAGGCGUGCAGAGAAUCCCCACCAGUCGCAUAGCUCGUCUGUUGCAACGGCUGUUGCAACAGAUUGCACGUAGCAGUGUAGCACAAGACUGCUGCAGCAGCACAGGCAAAACCACAACCCGCUCGACGCAGCCGAAGAGACGAAAGCGAAACCAUGGCCGACUCCGACGACAAGCAGCAGCCGAAGAUGACGAGCAGCUUCUGGUUCGACGAGGAGGUCACCGCCGACCAUUCGAUGCGCAUGCGCAUGACGUCCCUCAAAUACGACAAGCAUUCGCAAUUUCAAAGGGUGCAGGUCGUCGAGACCGUGCCCUUUGGGACGACCCUUGUAUUAGAUGGCAAGACGCAAUCCGCCAAAAACGACGAGUACGUCUACCACGAGACGCUCGUGCAUCCCGCGUUACUCUUACAUGAAGCCCCAAAACGUAUUUACAUUGGAGGGGGCGGCGAACUGGCGACGGCGCGGGAGUGCCUCAAACAUAAAAGUGUGGAGGAGGUCGUCAUGGUCGACCUCGACGGAGACGUCGUCGACGUGUGCAAAAAACAUUUGCCGGAGUGGAAUGAUGGUUCGACCGAGGAUCCUCGCUUGACCGUACACAUCGGAGACGCCCGGUCGUAUUUGGUGGAGGGCAGCGACACGUUUGAUGUGGUGGUCCUAGACAUCUCGGACCCGAUCGAGGCGGGGCCCGCCGUCCAUUUAUAUACAAAAGAGUUCUACGAUUUAGUACGACAGAAGCUGAACCCGGGCGGUGUGCUCGUGACGCAGAGCGGCCCGGCGGGGCUCAUGAAUCAUACCGAAUGCUUCGGCGCGAUUCACAAGACGCUCGCGGCGUCCUUCCGGACCGUCGUGCCCUACUCCGUGUCCAUCCCCUCCUUCGGCUCGGACUGGGGUUUUAAUGUGGCGACGGAUAGAGGGGACAUUACGAGUAAAUCGCUGCGCGAGAAGCCGCCAGACGCCACGGAUGCUGCGAUAAGUGGUCGGAUCCGCGGCCCGCUGCGCCAUUAUGAUGGAGGGACGCACCUGUGCAUGUUCAACCUCAUCAAGGCCGUGCGCGACGGCGUGGAAGCGGAGGACCGCGUGAUCACCGAGGCGAACCCCGUGUUCAUGUACUAACGUCGUGCGUAACUCUCUUGGCUCC